AUUGACAGUUAAAAGAUCUGAAAAGAAGAGAUAGUAAUAAAGAAUGUGAAACUUUUAUUUUUUUGAAAAAAAAUUCUAUCACACGGACAUAAUGUUUUUGGAGCUGACAACAAAAACUUUACAUUUAUUACCAAGACUAUUGAUUACUUUGUAAAGAAAAAACAAGAAAAAAGAAUUAGCUGAAGAAGUCAAGGAAAAAAAGAAACGUCAACUUAGUUCCUGCGAAUGAAUCUCAGCGAAGCAAGAAAAUGAUCGACAUUAAGGAGACUAUGAAAGUAAAGAGAGACUAUUAGAUAGCAGCGGAAAUUCUUAAUGAUGCAAAACUAAAAGAAAGGAACACGAUUUAUUAAAAGUAGAUGCAUUCUAAAAAUUGCUCGAGGGUAAUAGAAUACUAUCAACAUCCUUUCCAAUAGUUUAUACACGUGGGUGUAUUCAGGAUAUACUAUCGAUGCAGCUGCAGUGUGAAAAUGCAAGUGACAACGUGUGUGUUAUUUUGGGUGCUGUGUGCAGUAACCCAGAUUGAUGCAAGGCCUCAAGAACUCGGGACAUCGGAAGUGACCCGAGCUAAUGUGGCAAAAGAAGAAGUUGGCGAAGCAUGGAAAAAUUUAACAGCAAAACCUGAAGAAGUUCGAAGCAGGUAUACAACGUCAUCCAGCGAUUUGCGAAUUCAUGAGUUUUAUAAUCAAUUUUAUCCCAAUCCUUAUCCACAAAAGUUUAUAAGCAACAAUAGCUUUAUAACAUCUCCUCGACGCUCUCGUCUGCCAAAUAAUUGGAUGGAUAUCCAGCCAAGUGUUAAUACAUUGAAAAAUAAUUCCCAGACUAAAUAUUCUAUUUCCCCAACUUCCCAAAGUAUUGAUCAAAGUCGUCUUCUUCAUCGUGUCAAAUCGAACCAUUCUAGUAAUAUUAAUUUUCACACUCGAUUAAAUAGUGUUCAAAAAACAAAGGUUAAAAAUUCGUUUCGCACAACUACAAAGCCUCCCGCCACAAAAAAACCUCAAGUGGUCAAAAAACCAAGCUUACCUGUAAUUCGAGGAACUGUUGAUUUACCAAAAGCAAAGCCAGUGAAUUUAUUGAAAAUAAAAAAGGUUGGUAAAGUUAACAAAACAGUUUCCCAUAAACCUUCGAUAAAAAAUACAUUAAAUCCAACAGCGCAUUUGAAGAAUUGGCCUAAUAGUCCUAUUGAAAGUGCUGAGGAUUUGAUGAACUAUCAAAGUUAUACUUCAUAUCAAGAUGAGAUCGAAAAAGAACCAGUCGUAUCUUCAAAACCUAGACCCGAAAAACCAGUUUCUUCAAAUUAUGUUAAGGUGAUUACACAAAAUUUGGAGUCAGGUUCUUUUAAUUCUAGUACUGUUCAUCCAAAUUUAUUGAUGCAACCUAAUGUUCAAGAAAUUAUUAAAUGGCUUCAAAUUCCAUCUCACACAACUUUAUCUAGUGAUAAACAAAAAAUUGUUGUCCCAAAACCAACAACUGUUGUCCCUGAUACUUUCUCAUAUGAUUUCGAUUCAUCUUUUAAUCCUAAUAAACCGUUAACCGUUGACGAUUAUGAGAGUCUCAAUGAUUUUGUUCUUCCUGACAUAACAUCAACAGAUAUAAAUCAUCAUUAUAUACCUUCGAUGAUUUAUACAACUCCAGAAUCCACAACUUUAAUUAGCUCACCCUUAACUUUUGUCAAUGAAGAGAUUAUUGAUAUUGCAAAUGAAAAAAGGCCAGUCUUCAGGCCUAUUUCUGAAGUUUCUCAAAAUACUGUUGUUCAUAUAAUUAACCCUCUAUCUAAAAAACCAAAUGUGACCAUCAAUAAAGGUCAAGAAUCUGAAAAAAAUAACACUAAUGUGCCACCAAAUGUCCACAUAAUGUUCGUCAAUCGUAAUGAUACAAAAUUUCCAGAUAAUUCUGAUGAUAUCCCCACAGGUUCUGAUUGUCCAAUAAUACAAAUAAAUUCAAUUACUAAAGUUAAUAAUACUAUUCAAAGUAAAGAAGGAUGUACAGAUCUUAAUAUAAUUAUUAACUCACAACUUCUUAAUACGUUUGAUAUAGGAUCAAAUUUAGAUGAAAAUGGACAAGAUAAAUUUGCUGAAAAUCAAGGAACAGUUUCUACUGUUAUUUCUACUAAUAAUGAUCCAACUACUUCUGGUAAUAAUCCUAGUACAAAUAUAAAUCAAAAUGAUGGUAGUGAUGUCACGAAAGAUCCUGCAAGUAUUGAAACUGGUAUUAGUCAAGAGAAUUUUUUUGAAUAUGAUGGUACAGUAGAGGAAGAUGUUGCUGAUUCUCCAGAAAGUUCUGGUCCUUCUGGAAUGACAAGUUCUUCUGAGCAAAACUUAAUAAAUGAUUCUGCAGCCAGUGAAAGUAAUAAUCCUUCUGGUGCUUCCUCAGAUGGUAUUCCUAUUUCUGGUGGGUCUGGAGAAACUGUAGGUCAAUCGAGUGAUGGAGUUGCAAGUUCUUCAGGAUCGCUUCCAAGUCUUCCAGGACUUCCAAAUUUGGGAAAUCCUUUAUCUAAUGUUGGAGGUAGUGGUGGCAGUGGUGGUAGUACGGCUGCUGACGAAACUUCUAUUGUCCCUGUUACAAAUGAAGACGAUGAAGAUGAUGAUUAUGAUUUUAGUUUAUCUGGUAUUAUGGAUGGAAUAGCUAACAUUUUCACUUAUCUAACCGUCUUAAAUCCUGUAAAUUAUGGAAUGUUUAGUCUGGCAGCGGCACCUUUUGCAGCAUUGGCUGCAGGAGUUCUUGGUAUUGCUGCUAUAUUUUUCCCUUGGGCUUUUACUCGCGGUUUUGGUUUUGCUCGUACUUAUGAUCAAGUUCAUAUGAAAUAUAGACCAAAUAUUGAACAAGUUGUUAAACAAUCAAUUCAUCAUUAUCAAACAUUUCCUGAAUGGAAAAGUAGACGAAAGAAGUGUAGUAGGAGGAGUAAUACAUCAAAUGAACGUGAUAUAAAAGGAUUACAACAAAUGGAUCAGUCCUUAAGAACUGUCACAACUCAAUUAUUAAAUGUUUCUACUUCUGACGAAUCAACUACUUCAGAAGAUAAAAAAAUGGAUGAUAUUGAAUCUAAAUUAAAUUUAUUAAUUAAAAACCCCGAUAGUUAUAUAAAAGAUACUCAUUCUAGCCGUGAAAAUUCAAAUAAAAAAACUAACGAAGUUCCUUCUAGUGUAACUUCAACUUAUCGAAGGCCCGGAAAUUCAAAAUUUUCUGCAUUUGAAAUGAGUCAUCCUGGUCAAGCAAUGGCAAUGACAGAAGAAGAACUUGAGCGAGAAUUAUUGAAUUCUCGUAUAUCUAUGAAUAAAAAUCCGACAACUCCUGGAGGUAUUUCUACUUGGAUUCUUUUGAAUCCCCCUAGUACUACUUCAAGACCCACGGAUGUCAAAAAUCAUAUGAGUAAACCUACAGAAAUCAAACCUACUUCAACUCCAAUAAAAUCAACUCCAUCAACCAUGAAAAUUGAAACGACUUUGAAAGCUGAUUUAAAAACUACUCAUGCAACUAUUUAUCAUAGUGCCAAUAAUUUUAAAAGUACUGUAAGUACUUUAAAAAUGGAAAAAUUAACAACAGUUGAUUCAUAUACUACUCCUAAAUUAACAGAAUCUGUUGAGAAUAAGUUUACUACGUCAGUUACAAUGGAUCCCACGACAACAACUAAUAAUGAUAUUAAUAAAGGAGAAGCAGGAACAAAAACACCGAAAUCCACAGUUUCUCCUAUUCGAACUACACUGAGAUCCACUUACACAACACCUAAAUCAACUACUGUUGUCUCCAAAACCACGACUAUGAAGGUCAUACGACCAAAUCAACUAAAUAGACCUUCAAAACCUGUGAGAAAACCAACUACUAAGCCCGACGGAAUAAAAAGUACUGUCAAUGCUACUUCUAAAAUUGAAAAAGUCACUUUUAAACCAAUUCAAACAAUCAGUCCAACCGAACCAGAGAAGCCAAUGUUUAUAUCAAAAAUUCAAGCAUCUUUGAAAACUGAAACUGAUCAUGAAAAUUCAAUUAGCACAUCCACAUCUUCAACAGUAACAAACUCUAAGAAAGAAAAUACUGGAUUGAAUAAUACAUCUUCAAACACUACUCAAGUGAUAGGAAAAGGAAAACCUGUUAAAACAAGUGUCUUAAAAGUACAACUAAGGAAACCAGUUGACAGUCCGACUACGAUUGAAAUCGAGCCCAUACAAGUGAAUGCUCCAGUUUUAACGAUUGAAAAAGUUGAUGAUAUAAAGAAAGAAAGUAAAAUCAAUUCCCAUUCUUUUGAAUUUGAUAAUACUAAAAUUGAUGUUAAAUUGGAUUAUAAUCCUAAACUGACAAAAGUUGCUGAGACGUCAACAGAAACUUCUACUUCAACUAUCACGACAACAACGAAGAGACCUAAACAUACAAAAAGGAAAAAGAAUAAAAAUCGAAGACGCAAACCAUCUUCAACAACUACUACUACGACACUUAAUCCAAUUUCCACUCUAGACUCAUUGAUUUUUUCAGAUACAGAAAAUCGUGAAGUACCAAUGACUGGAACUGAAGUUACUGAUACAUCAAUUCAAGAAUCAAAAAUAGUUUCAGAGACGAAUAAACCUUCAAAUAGCACGAAGAAUAAGAAGAAACAGCCAACUUCAAAUCAAUUUGGUACUCAGAUAUAUAAUUUCUUUAGCAGAGAAGUCAUGCCUAGUGUUGGAGUUAUGUCUCUAGUUGGAUUAGGUCUUGGCCUAGCUUCGUAUUUCCUCUAUCCAUUUGGAGGAGCAAUUGCGAGAAGAAAUUACGAAGUAGAACCUAAUUACAAGUAUAAUAUGAAUGAAUAUGGUGGUAAUUAUGGUCAAAGCGAAGAGGAAGUACUGUCUAAAGUCUUCCAAGGCAUGAAUACUGAUAGUAAAUAUGGAGGAAUGAAAGAUUAUGGGAAGAAUUAUUACAGAUACCAAAUUGUUGAUGGAGCUUAUAACGAUAAUUCUUAUACAACAAGAAAAAAUGUUCCUCCAGGAUAUCUAACAUCUUCUGUACCAGUCUAUAAACCUCAUAAUACUCCCAGUUAUUAUAAUGCCUAUCAUAGAAAUACCGAUUUCAAAUUAUAUCCAGAUUUAUCGACAACACCUAAUUAUUAUGAUAGACAAACUAAGACACAUUUAAUUAAUAGUCCUAUUAAUAAUGAUCGUCAAUUUGUUAUUGGAAAUAUACCUCCAGAGUAUUCUUAUGAAAUAAAUAGUAAGAGUGAACCAAAAAAUAAUCACCAUAAUGAAAAUAAAAAUAUUAAAAAUGAAAGUACUGGCAAUAAUGAUAAUAACAAUAAUCAGAAUAUAAAAUUGGACAUAACUACUCCAUUAACAACGACAGAAAGCGUUCAGUCAGAUUUCGAAAAACAAAUUGCUCAGAAUUUACAGUUUGUUAAAAAUCCGUUGAAUAUUCCUUCUACUUUUCCACAAACAGAAGCUAUGGCUCUGAAGGCAAAUGAAGCAUAUGAAGAGAUUGAAAUUACUCCGACUGCUGUAGCUGUUGAACAUGGACCAAGAUCAUUAAAAUUAGAAAGGCUUGAAGAUAAUAAAGAUGUAAAAAUUCGAAGAAAAAGAGAUUCAGUGAUUCAACAAAUACCUACUAGGAGAGAAAUACAGAAUGAAGAACAUGAAGAAGAUUUAAGUAAUGAAAUUUUGGAUAUUAUCGAUUCAGCUAUAUCUACUGAAUUUCCAAUGAUGUUUGGAAGUGAUGACAAGUAUGACUUAAUAUUGGAUAAAAAAGUAACAAAGAAACAAAAUGAAAUAGAGAAUGAAGUUAUUAAUAAAACGCCACAUGAGAAGAAACCAACUCUAAUGGAUGUAAUUACUACUCCUAAAACAGAAGAAAAGAAUGUUGACGAUGAGAAAAAAAAUGUAAGUGGUGAAAAUGAACAUUCUAUAUCACCAACAACAAUUUUAUUUAAUUCUGAAUCCAAUUCCACAACUCCGAUUACUACACUUUCUUCUUCUGGGACAAAGGAUGUUAAUUUAUUGCAAUUAAAUGAUACUCUUGAAUUAGGAGAAAAAGAUUUCAAUGUCACGAAAAUAAGCAUAACAACGCCUAAACCUACACAAGAGAAAUUUAAUUUGUUUAGUUUUGUUAAAACGUUAGCUGAAGUUAAAUUGAGGCUUGGAAUAACUUUAUUAAAACAUGCGAGUGAAAACUUUGCUAAAUAUCUUGGAAAUAUUCAGAAAAAAUUAAAUGGGGAAUAAUAAUGUUUUCUUUUUUACGAUGACUGAUUUUUAUCACGAGUUAAGUUUGUAUUGCACGAAUUGCCAAUUUUAAGUCCUAUCCUACUUUCAUAAUACCUUCUUUUCGAAAUUUUUAAGAAAUAAUUAAAAAUAAUAAUAUACAAUGUUCAUUUAUUUUUUGAAAAUUUCGAUAGGAUUCGUUUGGUUUAUAUUGUUUAAGAAUACUUAU